AUGCGGGACGGUGGCGGCCCGGCCGGCCGCCUCCUGGCGCUGCUGGCCUGCAGCCUGGCGGCCUCCACGGCGGCCGCCCCGCCGGAGCCGGGGCGCGGAGCCCUCAGCACCAAGGAGACCUUCCUGGUGCUCUCGCUGCACAACAAGCUGAGGAGCCAAGUGCAGCCGCCUGCCGCCAACAUGCAGAGGCUGGACUGGAGCGAGGAGCUGGCGCGGCUGGCGCGGGCACGAGCGGGCGGCUGCCUGGCGGCACCGGCCCCGGCCCCGGCCACGCAGCUGGGCUGGAGCGAGGCGCUGCUGCCGGCGGGUGCCGGCGAUGUGGGUGCCGCGCUGCUCCGCUGGUUCGCCGAGGGCCAGCGCUACGACUACGCGGCGGCGCGCUGCGCGCCCAACGCCACCUGCCGCCACUACACGCAGCUCGUGUGGGCCACGGCGGCGCGGCUGGGCUGCGGCAGGCACACGUGUGCCGGCGGCGAGGCCUUCGCCUGCGCCUACUCCCCUGGCGGCAACUGGGAGAUGAACGGGAAGCCCAUCGUGCCCUACAAGCAGGGGGCCUGGUGCUCGCUGUGCACCGCCGGGCUCUCGGGCUGCUUCAAGUCCUGGGACCACGGCGGCGGGCUCUGCGAGGUGCCCAGGAACCCGUGCCGCGUGGCGUGCCGGAACGGCGGGCGCCUCAACAUGAGCAGCUGCCAGUGCACGUGCCCCCGCGGCUACACRGGCAGGUACUGCCAAGUGCGGUGCAGCGUACAGUGCGUGCACGGCAUGUUCCGCACGGAGGAGUGCUCCUGCCUCUGCCACGCCGGCUACAGCGGCGCCGAGUGCGCGACGAGGAGCCGGUUCCCCUUCCACGCCUGCGACGUGCGCAUCGACGGCGACUGCUUCAUGGUGUCCCCCGAGGCCGACACGUACUACGGAGCCAAGAUAAAGUGCCAGGAGAAAGGGGCGAUCUUGGCCCAGAUCAGGAAUCAGAAAGUCCAGGACAUCCUGGCCUUCUACCUCAGCCGCCUGGAAACCAGCAACAGGGUGAUGGACACGGAUUUUGAGACGGGCAACUUCUGGAUUGGUCUCACCUACAAAACGUCCAAGGCCUCGUUCCGCUGGGACACGGGCGAGCYGUCCUCCUUCAGCAGCUUUGCCUUUGGCCAGCCGGACAACCAGGGCUUUGGGAACUGCGUGGAGAUGCAGGCGGCGGCCGCCUUCAACUGGAACGACCAGCGCUGCAAGACUCGCAAUCGCUACAUCUGCCAGUUCGCCCAGGAGCACAUCGCCCUGUGGCAGCAGGAGCCCUGAGCGGGGAGCCCUGCGCCUUGGCCAGUGCUGGCUCUCGCGCCAAGCCCUGCCCUGGCUCCAAGGACCCCGUGGCUGCUCCCCGCCUGGCCCCACAGGUACCUCCAGAGAYGAGGUCCAGCUCCGCUGGGCUCCCUGGAGUAAGGGACAG